AUGUUUAUCUCUCAAAUUCCUCCCCCAACAUUUUCGCAAAACAUUCCAUUCAACACAAAUGAGGUCCAUCACGAUGAACAUGUUGUGACUUUUGAGAAUGUUUUUCUAAAUGCAGCAUCAAGACAAGUUCUCAAAGAUUACUUGACAGAAGAUAUGCACUCACCAGAGAUUAUUCAAUUCUUGGAAAGUGUGGAAGCUCUCAGUCAAGCAUCUUCACUUCAAGAAGUCCUCUCCAAUGCCUUGACCAUGAUAAAGAUAUUUGUGACUCCAUGUGCAAUUCAAGAAAUUAAUAUCGGUGCCGCCGAAAGAAAUGCUCUUAUUGAAAAUUUCAAUCGAUUCUUGUCACAACAUACAGACACCUUUCAAAGUCUUCAAGAACUCACGCCCUCGCUACUGUUCGACUUUCUUUCCAUCUUUGAGGAGGCGAGAAUUACAGUCACUUCAGAACUUAAACAAGACAUCUUUCCUCGUUUUGUGAGAUCUAAACGAUUUUUGGACUUUUUGGACGGAUUGCCUCCACAAAAGGAAUGGGCAAGUGAUCUUUCCAGAAUUAAUACCUCACGUUCAUUGGCUACCCUGUUCACAAACCCUGUGAGUUAUGAAUAUUAUUGGAGAAAUUAUCAAGCUGAUUGUUCGAAUCAAUUUAUCACUGUAGAGGAUUUGAAAUUUGUUCAUUCAUUGACACUUGACAGCAGUUGGUGGAAACUAUUGAAAGAAGGAAAUAAGAAAAAGAAGGAAUACUAUACAAGCUUUGUCUCUCAAGAUGCUCAUCAAAUCAUCAAACCAGGAUCCACUGAAGAACGAGAUGCCAAUCCACAAAAACUAUUCAAAUGUUCUGGUGUGAUUGGUUACUCUGUGGAAGAAUUGCUCUUUACCUUAAGCAGUCCUUAUCUGAUGAUGACAUUUGACAAUCCUUUGAGUGUCAUUGAACAAUUAGAUUACCUCAAUCCAUAUGACGUGAUUUGUUCCACAACUUCUCAACCUUUGAAUACGAGUAGUAAUGAUACCACAGAUCGUUUCUCACACCGUCAAGAACCAACAGUCUCGAAUGUAUCGAUGGAUAGUUUUGACAUGUUGUCAUUUUCCGAGCAUUUCAAUGAUGAACAUUUUCCAACCACAAUUUGUACAGAAACGUAUCCUUUCGGUUGGCCCAUUACGAAUCGAGAUUUUGUCGUGUCACAAACCAUCGUAUAUGAAGCCAAGUCACAACGUUACAUACUUGUCAAGAAAUCUAUCAGCCAUCCACUCUUUCCAAAACGAAGAGGUACCAUUCGUGCCUUUACGGUUGGUGGAUGGAGUAUUCAACGAGUGACAGAAAAACAAACUCGUUUCUGUUUUGUUAGCUACACAGAUAUGGAUAUGAAUGAUGUAGUUUUCUUGAGACUAUGUAAAAAGAGAGGAAAGAAACUCUUUGAUGGAUUGAACGACAUUUUAACCAGAAAUGCCAGAAAUGGAUUUCCACGUCCAAUGUAUUCGUGUGGAUUAUUGAAUACUUUGAGUGACUUUAUAGAUCAUUUCAAUUUACCAAAGACUGUUCUCCAAGAGAAUGGUGUUGAAUUUUUGAAAUUACAAUGUCCCUCUUCAGCUUUGCAUGGUGGUCAUGGCAACUUGGAAUGUCAAGCCAGAAACAAGUUUAAGAGCUUUGAAAUUGAGGAUUCACUGGUUCGACUUGUUUAUAUAUCUCGAUAUGAUCCAAACAAACUUGACAGUUCAGAACUCUCCAAAAUUGCUCAAGUAUCGAUCAAAAAUAAUUCUGAAAAGCAUAUUUCUGGUUUGUUGCUGUGUUGUGAAGGAGUAUUUUGUCAAGUACUUGAGGGAGAGCCCGAAGUUGUUCAUUCUUUAAUGCAUGACAAGAUUGUCAAAGAUCCUCGCCAUUAUGGAAUUGUCAUUGUUAGGGAAGAGAAUGGUGUGAAGGAAUAUGAAAGAUUCUACUCUGGUUGGGCAAUGAAUACUGUGGAUUUAAUUCAUUGUGACAAUUAUUUAGCUCAAUUUGUAAGAAGGAUCAUUGAGACAGCUUCCAAGCUUGAAUGUUUUCAACAGAAUCGAUUUGACAUGAGCGAGCAAGAAGUGAUGGAAAUUAUUUGCCAAAGUAUGAAGAAGAUUCACAAGUCGUCCCAAUUCUAA